GGGAGACAUGUUUUGAAGCAAAGUAGAAGACAGAAGCAAUACCCAAAGAUGGAGGCUUGCUUGGAUAUUUUAAAAUCAUCCAAAAACGAAGCAGAUGCCAUAAAAGAAUUAAAAAAUUUCAACGAGGACUUCAAGUCGACGUUCUCUUUCGAUCAAAUUGWCCUUUCUCUGCGAAGGGAAUUCAUAGACGUCAUUUUGAAGGAACUUGUUCAAAGAAAUGGUUGUCAAGAGUUUCAGGUGCAAGCUCUUUGCGCUCUUCGAAUUUUGAGUCGAGAUAAAAAUGGUUUAGGGUUGCUAACUUCGGAAGAGUCGUGUAAGACCCUGUUUACAUUAAGCGGACUUCACAUAGAGCCAGAGAAAGAUCAAGAGGAUCUGAAAAGUGGUGRAAAUGGAGAGCAAUCAGUCGAAGGUGCCGCGGCCAAAGAUGUAGCGAGCUGUAAGUUGGGCAACGCCGAAUUCGAUCAGGGAGGGCGAGAAAUCAUGGAUCUUGAGGCUGUCAAGGAGAGCACUGAAGUCGUCAAAGAGGCGCUGAAAUGUUUAUGUAAUAUCAUAUUUCAAAGUAAAAUAGCGCGGGAUUACUGUGUACAGUACCACAUCACAGAAGCACUUGUCAAAAGAACCAAAAAUUGGUUCCUCAAUCAGGAAUUCCCCUCAGAUGUGAAAUACUUCGAUCUGAGAAUGCUAUUUCUGCUGACUGCGUAUGAGUCAUCAGAACGUCUUUCUGUGGUGAACAGUAAUGGCAUCUGUGUUCUUACGCACUGUUUGGAUGCGAAUGUACCUGGACAGACAGACAGGGACAGGGUACAUGCCACAGGUGCAAGGGAUGGAUGUGGAGAAGUUGAACAAGAGGCACUUGACAAGAUGAGUGUUUUGCAAAGGUUUAUGAUGGAGAAGACCCCAACCAGCUAUGACAUGGGAGAAGAUCAGACAAGACUUGUUACUGAAAUAUUGAAGGUUCUUUUUAAUGUUUCCAUGGCUGUACCAAAAGAACUGGACAAUGAUACCUUGGAACACUAUGAAAGGAUUGCACUCAUCGUCUGCAGUAUUUUUGCCCAUAACAGAAAAGUUGUCCAUGGCUCAGAAAGUGUUCACAAUCAGGCCAUCAACAUCCUAAGCUGUUUGCCAAAGAAAGCCUUGAAGUAUAUGUUUUGGAAAGUUCCUAAGCUGAUAAGUCGAGCAUUUAAAGCUCAGUAUGAACUGAAUAUAAUCACUCCACAGUUCAGGACACAUUACAUGUGUUACAACAUGUAUACUAUCCAUGCCAUCCUGACCAUCCUUGAUCAGCGUCUAACCGACAAGGAUGAACAUGACUCUCUCAUCUCAAUCCUAAGUGCCCUUUGCYGUGCAUCAAGGGGUAAUAGGGUCAUCAGGAAGUAUCUUAAGCUGGAGAUCCUCCCACCACUCGGCAAGGUCACCCAUAAAAGGCCAGAGGAAGGCAACAAAAUACGGAACAAGCUGGUGAAAUUGAUGACAUCUCCCAUCACAGAUCUUGGUGACCUUGCGGCAGAAUUUCUAUUUUUCUUGUGUAAAGAGAAUGCCGACAGACUGAUUAAGUACACAGGUUAUGGUAAUGCUGCUGGUCUCUUGGCCAGGAGGGGACUAUGUGGUAGGAGUGAAGGAGGAGAUUACUCCUCAGAAGAUGAAGAUUCUGACACUGAGGAGUACUUAGAUGUUAAAGAUCAGAUUGACCCUGUACUGGGUGCAAUACCCUUUGAAAGACCAAAUCCACUGGAUUCAAUGUCAGAGGAAGAGAAAGAAGAAGAGGCUGAAAAGCUGCGAAACUUGAUUAUAGAGCUGAAUAACCUUGGGGUUAUAAAGACUGCGAGGGUGGGGGAGGAUGGACGACCAGUGAUGACAGAUGGAGCAGAAGGAGAAGAAACUGCGACAUGUAUCUUUUCAGAUAAAGGCAACUCUACUCAGUAGACCCUUUAUGAGAUAAUAGUGGGUGAUUAAUUAACUCAUGAACAAUUAUUAACUUAUUGUGCUAAGUAAUACUGUUUCAGCAAUGGAAAAUGAAGGAUUUCACACUAUAUUAUAACUUUAAUCAAAAUUUUCAUGGGUUAAUUGUCUUACACUCUAUGGAUACCCUCUAGCUUGGGUGUAAUGUUAUCCCAUUCCAAACCACAUGUCAUUCUCUAGAAAUAUAUAAUUUUUUGUUUCACAGUGGAGCAUGAAAAGACAAACAAAUAUAUAUACAACUCAAUGAAGUUUAUAUUCUCAGGAGAAGGAUAAUGUGGUCUGGAAUGGGAUUAAGUCCAAGCUGAAAAGGUCUAUAAAAGUAUGUUCAAAAAACUGGUUUCCUCUAGAUUAUGUACUUCAUAAAAAUCUACUUAUAAUUGAACAUGCUUUAUUAGUAAAUUAACCGUUUUACAGUCAAACUAAGAAAACCAUGAACACCUUAAAUAUGUCUGUAAUAUUAAACAUUCUGUUCUGAACAAUCACAGGCAACAGUUAAUUAGAAAUGAAUUCAUUCCGGCAGAUGAUUGGUCAGAACACGAUGUUUGAUAUUCCAGACAUAUUUUAGGUGUUCACGGUUUUCUUAAUUUUAAAGUAAAGCAGCUUUAAUCAUACAUCCGUCCAUAUCCCUUGGUAGAGGGCCUCAGGAAAUCCUGGGACGGAGGGGAUAAGGAUGUAAAUGGGUCACAUGGAAAACCUAUGGAGGGAAGGGUAAAUGAAAUGACACUCCUAGCAGUCAUUUAGUGAAUGACGAUUCAUUGCCCAAGAAACCUGUUUCUCAUUGCCAUUUUAGUUACAUUCCAGGAAAAAUGUUGUUUAACAGUUAGACUCAGAGGCCAAAUGGGAUAUUGAAUCAUUAAACAUGAGGGCGAAAGGUCAAAUUGUUUUGGUUUAAACCUACUAAUAGGUCAAAUAAGUGGAUACAAGCAAUUUUGGAAUUAGGUUGAAAAUGCUAGCAAGCAGCCAUUGUUUUGUUUCAUACCCUUUUUGCUACUAAUAGAUCAGUAGUAGCUCAGCCAAUCCGAGUGCAGGAUUUGUGAUAGACCAUUAGUAGGUUUAAACUAACUGUUAAUUAUAUAUUAAAAGAAAUAUCCAUAAUAAGAAUAUGAACUAUACAUGACAAGAAUGCUAGGUAACAUCUACCUUGGAUUCUAGGCUUCUUCAGUGAUCUUAGUCAUAAUAGAGAGUUUUAGAUUUACGUUCAGGGCAAACAUGAAACAUCAGUUGACCAGUAAAAAAUUAUUUUAUAUUACUGAAAAAGAAUCGCAAAAAAGUCCAAGUAGUAGAAAAACAAAAGAGUAUUUGCGCUUGGUGAGAAGGUUUGUAAGAGGUAAAGUAAAAUACAGGAAAACUAUGAAAAUGUGGUCACGUUUGCCAUUUGUGGGGAGAAAAAAAGUCAAUCUAAAACUCUCUAAUGUUUUGUUCUCACAAAAAUKAAACCUAACACCACAAAGUACUGGUGGAAGAGAGUCUUUGGCACCCAUGGUAACAGUUAUCUAACAUUAAGAGCUUAAUCAUUAAAGAAUUUAUCGAAAUAUUAUUUAUCACUUAUCACUGGUGCAUAUGAUAAAAGAUAAUAAUUUUAUCUCGGUUAUUGUGUAAGGAAUAAAAGCGUACUGCAAGUAAAAA